AUGCAGAGUAGCCCAGUUGGGCUGGAGGUGGAGGGUGUCGCAUCCCUCGGCGCCCCCGCCCCUGCGCGGCUCAGGGCAGCCGGGCCGAGGGGUCUGUGCCCUGUCCGGGCCAUGUGGCAGGCCUCGCCGCCGGGCGCUUCCGUAGGGGCCGAGGAAGGGGCAGACUUCCUCUGCGGUGCGGAUGAUGCGCCCUGGGUCGCGGGUCAGCGGACACUGGCCGGUGAUGAAAUGCCUGACAGCGGUGGGACAUCCAGGCAGCCGGGCGCUUCGCCUUCUGUUCAGUUCCUGUUUGGGUUCUAG